CCAGAUCACCUGAAGAAUGCACGCGGAUCUGAAGUUUGUCUGUCUACUAUCAUUAUUCAUCCAUCUUUCUGCUGGCAAGCACCAAAUUCACGUUACACCGAACCACGAAUGGACUGAAGCCACAAAUGAAUUCACCAAGAGAGCACAAAACUGGUCCUCUACGAUAAAACAGUUUAUUGAAGGCGUACAACGUAGGAAACAGUUAUCAAUGUAUGAUAUUCAGGCUGUUUAUAGUCGGUGCGCCGGUCCAAAGCAUUUGGAUGCCACAAUCUUUGAGGAUAACCCAUUUAUUAUCCCACAAACCACUUACUGCUCUGAAAGACCACAGCUGAAGUUACUGAUUGUGGUACAUUCUCAUCCUGCGAAUCACCACCGACGCGACCUGGUUCGUUCAACGUGGGGCUCACUAAGACGUGUUGGUCCUGAGAAAAUUGGAGUUCUGUUCUUUCUUGGAAGUUCAGAAAAGACUCAGAAAGCAGUUAAGGAGGAGGCUGAAACCUAUCGCGACAUUGUGCAGCGCAAUUUCACUGAAGACUAUCACAACAUGACUCACAAACACCUGACCAUCAUGGAAUGGCUUAGUAUGGGCCAUUGUGCAUCUCUACAAUAUAUCGUGAAAGUGGAUGACGACACGUUCGUUGACAUAUUUCAUCUCGUCCGGUUUCUCCGAUCCGAUCAGCUAAAAACCUCCCCGGGCUUCUAUUGUUCGGCUACAAAAGGAGCAAAACCAACUCGUCCGAAGAAAGGUGUCCCGGAAACCAAAUGGGUGAUUACAAAGGAGGAAUUCGACAAAGAUGUGUUCCCAGUUUAUUGCGAAGGCCUGGGUUACAUAGUCGAAGCACGUGUUGCACCGUUUCUAUAUUUGUGCUCAAUGUUCACCCAAACAAUAUGGAUUGAUGAUGUAUACGUAACAGGCAUCCUUGCAGAAAAGCUCGGAAUCAGUCGGCAAGCGUUUCUGCCCGGACAUGCUUAUGACCGAGCUGGUCCCAGUAAGCAGUCGGGCGAAUUGUUGGAUAAUAUUUUCCUCACUAGCUAUCACAGUGAAUUUAUCCCGGAGACCUUCAGAAGACUUUGGCACAGUGCGGUAGCCAUGAGCAUGGAUCUUGGACCAAACUGAGGAUAAAAAACCAAUUGCCGCAUGCAAAACAUUUUGUUCUCUAUCCUGACUCCCUUCCUCUUUCGAUCAAACAGUGAAACUCACCAAAUUAUUGCAAUCCGAUUUUUCAGAUUGUCGUACGAAUAACAUAUUAUAAGAGCAGAGGGCUU